UAAGGUAGAUCAAGUGGAGAGCAGACGAGCCGAUUCUCCGAGGAGCAUCUUCAUCUAUCCAGAUCUGAUCUAUAUGGGAGAAGAUAAAACCUCUGGUCCUUGCAUCUUUUGCUAAUCCAUCUGCCCGGCCAUUUCGACUUCGAGGAAUAUGAGACAGUCUCACAUCCUCGAAGUCUUCCUGUAACCUUUGGAACACCUCGAUCUCUGUCGCGAAAGCUGGCCAGUCCAUCGGGUUUGUAGUCAUAUCCACUAAGUCCAUGCAGUCCGUCUCAAACCGUACUGCAGUGAUCCCUUUGUCUCUCAUACAUGAGGCUGUCCAAAGUAACCCUUCCAUCUCAGCGUGCAAAGCUGAGAUGUUCCUGUUACACACCCGUAAUCCGAAGUAUUCUAAUCCCAUUUGAUCCUUAAAACUCCACCCUAAGCCACUGACACUGCCAUUAUUGAUCCAUGAUGCAUCAAUUUGACAAGUAGGGAUUCAGGGUAUCCAAGGAGGCGUUGUCUCAAUUUCUGUAGUGGACGGAUCGUCCUGAUCCUCAUUUGCUUCCUUAUUUUCGUUAGCCUUCCUCCAACGUUCUUAUAUUUAAAAAGAUAAACCGUUAUCUUGUUAUAGUGGAUGGCAAUUAAAUUGCGUUAUCUGGACGAAAGUGAUUCAAAUCUGGUAGAUAGUUACAUUCAAAAAAGAAAACCUGAACUUUCGUAGUCGCACGAGCUACGUUUUAAUACUAUUAAAUAUUCAGUACACACUAGUAACUACAAAUUCUUAUUUUUUAAAAAUAUUUAUUUUUUUUUUAUAAAAAGAAGAGGAGAGGAAGUUGCCCUACUACAUGAAAGCUACUCUCCUCCAUCUUCUCGAGCUAACUGUAUAUAAAGAGCCACUCAAAACCCUUUCCCUUUAUUCAUUUUCUUCACCAAAGAAAAAUAAAAAGAAACUUAACUAGACGACAAGAAAUACAUUUCUUGAUUUCUUGAUUAAUGGCGUCUUCGAAUACUCUGGCGAUAUCUCCAAGGAAGCUCCGGUCAGACCUUUAUUCAUACUCUUACCAAGACGGUUCGAGCACACCACUCGUGAUCUCUGUUCUCUCGUCUCUCAUUGAACGAACGUUAGCUCGGAACGAGAGGAUCAGCCGGAGCUACGGUGGCUUUGGUAAGACACGUGUCUUCGAUUGCCUAGAGAUUCCUGACAUGACGAUCCAAUCCUAUUUAGAGAGGAUUUUCCGGUAUACUAAAGCCGGUCCAUCGGUUUACGUCGUGGCUUAUGUCUACAUUGACCGGUUCUGUCAGAAUAAUCAAGGUUUUAGAAUCAGUCUCACUAAUGUACAUCGGCUCCUCAUCACAACCAUCAUGGUCGCUUCCAAAUACGUUGAAGACAUGAACUACAAAAACUCAUACUUUGCGAAAGUAGGAGGAUUAGAGACAGAAGAUUUGAACAACUUGGAACUGGAGUUCUUGUUCUUGAUGGGUUUUAAGUUGCAUGUGAAUGUGAGUGUGUUCGAGAGUUACUGCUGUCAUCUUGAGAGGGAAGUAAGUAUUGGAGGAGGCUAUCAGAUCGAGAAGGCAUUACGCUGCGCUGAGGAAAUCAAAUCUAGACAAAUUGUUCAAGAUCCUAAACACCAUAAUCAAUUUUCAAGAAUCUUGUUGUAGUCAAGGACUCUGUUUUGUUUUGUUUGUUUUGUCGGUUUGCAUUCGAGGGUCUUUGACUUUCUAAUUACCUUGUCGGUUUGGGCUUUUUUGAAAUGUAAAUGUAAAUAGAGAAAAUAUAGAUAAUGAUGUUGUAUGUAUCUAUGUAUCUAUGUAUCAGCACAUGUAGAUUCUUCUAUGUACAAUUGAGGUUAAUGAAAUGUUUUCUCAUAUGCAAAA